CCAGAACAUUCAUAAAAUACAGAAAUCUGGCCUGUAUGGUGCAUUUUUCAUCAUAUGUAUUUUGAAAGUUACAUAUCUUCUAAACUUGAUUACUGACAUGCAAAACAUUUGGGACUGUAUCAACAAUGGAUUAAUUAAACAAAUAACAAAAUAUAGUUUUCCUUUAAUACAAUUGUGGCGUGAUUCCACAAUUUUUGAUCCGUUUCCAUCAGUUUCAAUGGGAGACCUUUAUUUUGAAGGCAAACCGCCGAUUCCGCUAUUGUUGCUCACACUGGUCACGUCACGUGCCAUAGACUGGUGCUCUGCAUAAUCGAAUCGGCAGAUUGUUUCUGCCGAGGAAUGUGACAGGCACCUGUGAGGUGAGCCGACACCAGGGGCGAGAUGACCGGGCAGACGGAAGAUGAUAUACCUGAAACAGGAGCAAUCUUCACCUUUGGGAAGAGCAAGUUUGCUGAUAAUGUGCCCAGUAAAUUCUGGCUGAAGAAUGACCAUCCAGAAGAAAUCUCGUGUGGGGGUGAUCACACUGCUGUCGUAACAGGCCAUAGCAGGCUGUUCAUGUUUGGAAGUAAUACCUGCGGUCAGCUAGGACUGGGGUUAAAGAUCAACGUCAACAUCAACAAGCCCACUGCUGUGAAAGUGUUGAAGACAGAAAAAGUGAAGUUUGCAGCAUGUGGAAGAGACCACACAAUCAUGUGCACAUGGAGUGGGCAGGUUUAUGGUGCUGGCAGUAACCAGGAGGGGCAGCUUGGUUUGGGACACUGUGAUGACACAAACACCUUCCACCUGAUUCAUCCCUUCUCUGACCACGCACCAAUCAAAAUGCUCGCUGCUGGCUGCAACACCUCAGCUGCUCUGACAGAGGAAGGCAGGCUGUUCAUGUGGGGUGAUAACUCGGUUGGCCAGAUCGGUCUGGGGGCAGAGAGCUACGCCUCAGAGCCUAGAGAGGUGAUGGUGGGGCAGUCAGUGGCCUGGGUGUCCUGUGGAUACCACCACUCAGCGUUCGUCACAGUGGACGGGGACCUCUACACGUUUGGGGAGAGUCGGAACGGAAGGCUGGGUCUAUUCCGUGACCAGCUGGCCAAUCACAGAGUCCCUCAGCAGGUGGAUGGCAUCCAGGACCCAGUCAUCCAAGUGUCCUGUGGAGGGGAGCACACAGUGGCACUCACAAAGGAGGAUGUGUACACGUUUGGGCGGGGUCAGCAUGGUCAGCUGGGCCACGGGACCUUCCUGUUCGAAGCACCUUUGCCCAAAGCACUGGUCCACUUCCGGAAUGGCAGAGUCAGUCACGUCACCUGUGGAGAGAACCACACUGCAGUGAUCACAGACAGUGGGAUUCUGUACACCUUUGGGGAUGGUCGCCAUGGUAAACUAGGACUGGGGGAAGAGAACUUCACCAACCAGUUCAGACCAACACUGUGCCCACGCUUCCUCAAAUACAGUGUCCAGUCAGUGGCAGGUGGCAGCUCUCACAUGCUGGUGCUGGCUAUGCCCAGACCCCCAGAGGUUGAGGAAGUGGUGAUAGAGGAAGAUGAUGUCACAGAGACCAUUCUGGAGACUCUGGAAACCUACACUGAGCUGCUCUUGAUGGAUCCCUCCCUCCUGAUGUCCAACCCACCGACUGCACCUCCUCUCUGGACCCUGUGUGCUAGGGCCCGCCGCAGGGAGAGGGAGUGUUCUCCAGAGCAGUUUGGCCAGAUGUUCCGUAACCUUCCUCCUCUGAUGUCUGGCUUCUUCAACACCUCCCUUCCUGUGUCCAGGAACAUCCACAUCUCCAGAACACCAUGUAAAGACCCCUCCACCUCCUCACUGUCCUCCAAUCCCUCCUCAAACAACACCCCCAGUCCCUCUCUGUCACUCAAACCCAGAGGCAAACCCCCUUUAACACCAUCACGGGCACCCCAAUUCACAUUCCCAGACCCUCCCAGCCCUUCACUCUCCUCAAAGUCCAGCCCUAAGAAGAAGAAGCCCACCCUGUCAAAAUCACCAAAAUCCACAUCUAAAGAACCCAUUAGCCCCUCACAGUCCUUCAAAUCUAUGCCUAAACUCAUCCCCGACCCCACACUGUCCCCUAAAACCCCCUUUAAAAAGCCCACAGAUUACAACCAAUCCCCCAAAACGCUGUCUAAGGUGCACCCAAGCCCUUCUCGGAGUCCCACCUCACCACAGACAGAGAGGAACGAGGACACAGUGCCAGAAGCCCCUGACAGCCUGAUGCUCAUUGAGAAUAUGGAGGAUGAAAAGGACACGUUGUCAAACCUGGCAUCAAUAUCGAGAGGAGAUUCUGGCGAUGAGACUGGGACUACAUCUACAGAGCAGAAGGAUAAGGGGCAUAAAAAGGGUAAGGCUCUUUGGAGAGCUGUGAAGGAGGCAGAGAGGGAGGUUAAACAAACCCUGACCAACAGGAAGAAGGAGCUACCUUCCCAUAAAGCCCUUCCCACCGAGCUCCAGAGAGGUUCCAGUCUGAGUUUGUUGAAGGCAGAGGCCAUGCCCUCAAAGAGUCCCAAACCACUAAAGACCCCUCAGACCCCCCAAACCCCAGCCAGGGGCAAGGAGAACAUCACUUUGACAACAGAAAAGGCUGGCCUUAAAGUGAAAACCAGUAAACUAGAGAGCAAUCUUCAAAUCACAGGUAAAGCAGGGUCUAAGCUAAGUACAUCUGCAAGGAAACAAAGCAAGUUAUCUGUGUCUAAACCCAGCACUCCAAAGCAUGGUCAAAGCAAGCUGUCUGAGGUGAAUAAAGGUACAGAGAUGAAAGGUAAAGGCCCUGUAAAGAUCAGAAGUAAGGAGGCCGAGGCGACCAGCACUCCCAUCAAAACUAAAAGUUUGGAGUCCAAAGACAAGAAAUCAAAAAUUGCAGAGGAAGAUACUAAAACUAUUGAAGUUCAAAAUAAACCACUUCAAGGGGUCAAGUCCACUCCAGUCAAAGUUAAAGGUAAACAAUUAGAGGUAAAAUCCACCUCUGUGAAAAGUAACAUUCAAGAGGCCAAAUCCUCUACAGUCAAAGUUAAAGGUAAACCUGUGGAAAAGGAGCCAAUUCCAAUUAAAACUGUGGCUGAAAGCACUCCUUUGAAUGUAAAGAGGAUUCCUAAGAAGGUAGUAGAUAAUAACAAACCAUCUGAAGGUAAAAACACUCCAAUAAAGGGACAAAGGAAGGAAAAAGAGGUGAAUGAACAAAAGAGUGGAGAGUCUAUUACUCUCAAAGAGUCAGGGACAACAGAGGGGAACAACGUGGCAGAUGAAGGCAAAGGCAAAGUCACAGAAACAAAAAGUGCACCCACCAAAACAAAAAAUGUGCCUAAACCUGAAGAGGUUAAAGCAAAAUUGACUGAGUUGAAUGGAACCCCGGUGAAACUGAAAAGCAAGCCAACAGAGGUUUCCAGCCAACCAAUCUUAGUAGAACCUACCUCAAAGGCCAAAUCACCAUCCGCAUCACUGUCAUUAUCAGAUGCAAUGCCUCAAAAUGCUUGGGAUAAGAAGUCAGCGAAGUCUGAGCUUAGAGAGCCACUGGCUGUCUCACAGGUCAAAGGUAGAGUGGCGGUCCCAGGGCAAGAUACCAUUGGUGAAUCCCAGGAGGGGGAGCCUGGCUGGAGAGGAUUUCUCAGCGAUGCAGCCUCUCUCCUUCCAGCCGUGGGGGUGGCAGGCGUAGCCAUGGGGGUCUUGAGUGAGGCGGUGACAAGUGUGAGGGGGUUUCAGUCAGAGAGUGACACAGCCACUUCUAUCCCUCCUCGGCGGUCCAGCCAGGUAGAGAGGUUCACCAAACAGAGCGCCAUCACCCAGCCUUCCUCCUCCUCCUCUUCAACAUCAGAUCCCAGUGCAGUAGCGCAAAGAAACAGGACCGCCAUCCGCAUCAGUGUUCUCGGGAAUUCUGAUCAGGAAGCAGGGAGCAGGAGUUCUGAGAAGAACCCAGACACCACAGAGGCUGCUAGUGACAGGUCGGGAGGUCAAGCCGACGUUGACGACGAUGAGAACACUAGUAGAGGUCAAAGGUCAGAGGCUGAGGAUGAUGAACAUGAAGAUUUCACAAAGAGACAGGGAGAGGAGGAUGACAGGAGUAGUAAGGGUCUGGAAGAAGAGGAGGAGGAUGACAGGAGUAGUAAGGGUCUGGAAGAGAGCAGUGAACAGAACGAAGGGGGAGAAGCAGAAGACAGUGAUUCUGUGGCCAGCAGAGAAGGAGAGGAGGAUAGAGAAGAGAAGAGUGAAGAGAGCCAGGGCGCGAAGGGUGAGGAGAGCAAAGAGAGUGAUUCUGAGGGGACAGGAGAGGGUGAGGAGAGCAAAGAGAGUGAUUCUGAGGGGACAGGAGAGGGGGAGGAGAUCAAAGAGAGUGAUUCUGAGGGGGAGGAGAUCAAAGAGAGUGAUUCUGAGGGGACAGGAGAGGGGGAGGAGAUCAAAGAGAGUGAUUCUGAGGGGACAGGAGAGGGGGAGGAGAGCAAAGAGAGUGAUUCUGAGGGGGAGGAGAGCAAAGAGAGUGAUUCUGAGGGGACAGGAGAGGGGGAGGAGAGCAAAGAGAGUGAUUCUGAGGGGACAGGAGAGGGGGAGGAGAGCAAAGAGAGUGAUUCUGAGGGGGAGGAGAGCAAAGAGAGUGAUUCUGGGGGGGAGGAGAGCAAAGAGAGUGAUUCUGAGGGGGAGGAGAGCAAAGAGAGUGAUUCUGAGGGGACAGGAGAGGGGGAGGAGAUCAAAGAGAGUGAUUCUGAGGGGACAGGAGAGGGGGAGGAGAGCAAAGAGAGUGAUUCUGAGGGGGAGGAGAGCAAAGAGAGUGAUUCUGAGGGGACAGGAGAGGGUGAGGAGAGCAAAGAGAGUUAUUCUGAGGGGACAGGAGAGGGUGAGGAGAGCAAAGAGAGUGAUUCUGAGGGGGAGGAGAGCAAAGAGAGUGAUUCUGAGGCAAGCCUAGAGGAGAAAGGAGAGGAGAAAAGUGAAGACAGUGAUGGGGAAGGAGAGGAGGGAGAGAGUGGUUCUGGGACAAGUGGAGAGGGGGAAGAGGAGGAUAAGAGUGAGGAAGAGUCCAGUGAUGAAGAGAGUGGGGAUGAAAACAAGGAGGAGGGUGGUGAUGAAUCAGGAGGUGAGGCUGAGAGCAAGAGUGAGGGAUCAGCAGAAGAGGAGGAAGAUGAACAAGCAGAAGAAGCAGAGAGUGAAGAAAGUAAAGCUGCUGAGUCAGGAGAGGAGGAAGGAGAGGGAGAGAGUGGAACAGAUGAGGAAGGAGAGGGAGAGGAUAAGGAAGGUUGUGAAAGUGAAGAAGAGGAGGAGGAGGCAAGUGUAAUUGAGGAGGAGAAAGGAGAAGAGGAUGACAAUGAGGAAAAUGGUGCAGAAAGUGGAGAAGGUGAGGGCAAUGUAGGAGAAGAGGAAGAGGAAGCAGUUGAGGGUGAGGAAGAAGAGGAUGAAAAUGAAGGUGAAGAGGAGAACGGUGAAGUCGAAGAGGAGGGAGGAGAGGAUGAUGAGGCAGAGGAGGAAGAUGCUAGUGGAGAGGAGGAACUUGAAGAUGAAAAAAGUGAGGAAGAGGAGGGAGAAGAAGAAGAGGGGGAAGAAGAAGAUGAUGAUGAUGAUGAUAAAGAGGAAGGAGAGGAAGGGGAGGAAGAGGGUGAAGGGGAAGAGGAGGAAGAAAAUAAAGAUCAGGAAGAAGGAGAAGAGAAUAAUGAAGAGGAGAAAGAAAAUGAUGAGGGAGAGGAAGAUGGUGAAAAACAGGAAGAUGAGAAAGAGGAAAUAGAAGUGGAUGAAGAGAGAGAGGAGGAAGCGAACAAACAAGAAGAGGAAAGGGAGAAGCAAGAGGAGGAAGAGAAGGAAGAAGAAAAAGAUAGACAGGAAGUAGAUGGAAAAGACACAGAGGGAGAGGAGGGUGGAGAAAAGGGGGAGGAGAAGGGAGAUGAAAAAGAAGGGAAAGAAAAUAAAGAAAUUGAUGGUGAAUUAGAAGAAAAAGCUGCAGGGGAACAGAAAGGGGAGAUGGAGGUGGAGGAAACCGGAGAGGAAGAAGGUGAAGAGGAAGGAGAAGAAGAAGAGGAGGAAGAAAAAUAUAUUAAAGAAGAACAAGUUGAGGAAGAAGAGGAUGAGAAAGAUAGUAAAAAAGGAGAAGAGGAGGAAGAAGAGGAGGAGGGAGAGGAAGAGAAAGAUAGUAAAAAAGGAGAAGAGGAGGAGGAAGAAGAGGAGGGAGAGGAAGAGAAAGAUAGUAUAGAAGAGGAAGAGGAAGGGAAAGAUAGUAAAGAAGAAGAAGAGGAGGGAGAGGAAGAGGAGGAAGAAGAUGAACAGGAAGAGGAGGCGGAAGAGAUAAAAUCUGCAAAAGGGAAAAAGAAAGGCUCACAAAGCGUACCACCUAAAGCAGCUCCCCCCAGCAGGAAAGGGAUGGAAGAUCCCCCGAGGGAGAAACCCAAACCAGCGGCCCGUACCAAACAGAGGACCACAGGGGGAAAACAGGCCAAAAGUACCCAAGAAUCCCAACAGUUCUGGAAUAAUGUCUUACCCCAGUACCUGGAGCUGAAGUGAGACAUUCUGGACCUCAAUGGUUCCAAAUCCUUUAUGGAUCAGAACCCAAACCUGUCUGUUAACAGUGGCUGGAAGGAUUCUGGACCUGAGAAACCUGAGUCAUAAGACUAACACAGUACAGGUGUUUGAGAACCUCUGUGUGGAUGUGUGCUUGUACCUUCUAUUACGUCACUUAUCCACAGUUGUGACCCCCCCCCCCCCCC